AUGAUCAUUUACAAAGUACACAAUAACAAAAAUUUUUUCCGGGUUGCGAGUAUAAAAUUCCUUGAUUUGAGCCAGUUGAGCCAACUAGGAUCUGCACAAUCCAAGAGAGGUAAAUCCAAGAAGGUUUUUCUCAGAAGGCUUCAGAGUUUGCAGGUAAGGUUGUUCUUGUAAGCACUUUUUCGAUAACGACACAUAUCUUAUUUGAGUUUGAAUGGUAUCUAGGCUAGAUCACUGCAGUAUUUGACAAAUUCUUUAUACGUAACUUCAAAGCUUGACUUUUGAUACAGAUUACAGAUACGCGGCCAUUAUCCACCUUGUUAGCCGCUUUCCGAAAUAGCUGGAGAUACUGUUCUCUAGAAAAUUAAAAAAAAGAAUUCUACAUUCACGGCCUAUUAAAACCUUAUUUCUGCAGGCAAGCAAAAAAAAAGUUUGCAAGUAGGUACUAUUAGCAUUCAAUCACUGGAUAUGGGUUCCAAGUUAUUUCGAUUUGUUUUUCUUGGACACAAUAAUGGCCUAUACGUGAUUUAAUUCAUGUAACAAAAGUAAAAUAACGUUUUCAGUCAAAAAAACUAUCUCAUCUAAUAGUUUUUCAGGUCUAUACCAAAACUACGGAGCGUUUUGCCAAGUAACUUGUUUAUGUAUGACGGGCAUUAAAAUGAAAGAUCCUUGUGAAGAAUGAGAAACAAGACUUAAAAGUAUCAGUUCUGUGCCCCAUACUACGCCCUGUAGUCUUAUAGCAAAAUGCUUUCAUUUUGAAAUGAAUUCCAGGUUGUGCUUUACAUACUGCUGAUUAUUUCAGCUAGUAUUAACGGUGAGGUAAUACAAACAAAAGUAUUCAUGUCUUUUUUUCUCUUUUUUUCGUCUAUUAGUACAGAACAUUGUUUUACCGGUUGUUAUUGUUUUUCAUAGUAAUGCACAAUAUCAUCAGUUGAUGAGGACUAGUAAAAUGACUGUUCAAGCCUCUAGUGUCAAACACCCUUAAAGCUUAAGAAGGCAGUUGAAAUGCUGAUGUUACUGAUGACCGCGUUUGAUUAUUAUGAUGUUACAUUUUGUAAAUCCAUGAAUGUUAAGAAUCCUGAAGUUUUCCUAUCUAGUGCAUGAUCGUUCAAUUUCUUGGGCCUUCGUUACCGAUCUUCAGGAUCAAAGAAUUCAUAAUACACUGAGGUUGAAGAAACUUAUCGAAAUUAUUUUUCCUUUUUUCUCGAGAGUGCUAUUUGCAUAUUCCCUAAGGCCAUCCAAUAUUAGAACCGUUCUUAUAUCAUCUAUUCAACAUGUGCUUCAAAGCAUAACAGUGACUAAUUUAUGAUAAAGAGUUCUGCUCACUAGGGCGUUAAGCGUUAUCACCAUGGAUACAGAUAUCAAUACACUUUCAAAGAAAUGAAAUGAUGGUGGGAAUGACGACACGAAGUAAGCCCUGGAGUCAAGUCUACUGCCUAAUGCAAAAAUUAUGAAAUUUAUCUUAAACAAUACCAUAGGUGAAAUAUCCUGAAAAAUUAAUCUAGACUGAGUCAAUUUCGGGGCCUUGCCUGAAAGCGAAUGUCUGUAAAAGGAUACAUGUGCAGGGGAAAGCAGAUACUUUCUCUUUUGCUAAUAUAUUGUAGUAUUUCACAUGCUUAUUCAAACCACCACAAGACGUAAUAUAAACACCUAACGAGUGGCUGACCCACCGUUUUUCAGUUUAUGCACUUUCAAUCUCUGACUGGCAUUUUUAAGGUUGUAUAUAUCCCACGAUUUUGGCGUAAAAUAUGUUUCGCGAACCUGAGCUGCUAUACUGAAAUGACAUAUUUGUUCGGCCGCGUUUUCAGCGUUUUAUAGUUUUCCAUCCUUUUAAUUUGCGGUCGCUGCGUACGAUUUAACUCGCUCUCCACAUCUGAACACCUGAAACAGGCUAACAUCAUGGCGUAAAUGAUCAAUACCAUCUGAACUCGAGUCUGCCGUGGAAAUAUUUUACAAACAAGAUAUUAAAUAUGCCUUUCUCGAACGCUUGUCUAGUAGUUUUAAGCGUAGUUUCCUGAAUUUUAACAAAGACAAAUCAAGUCUAAAUCACACAACCUCCGGCGGUGAAUUCAUGCAAUGAAUUAAAACAGUGGAAACUGUUAACCGAGCGGUUUAUAAAAUAAGAUCAAUCUUAAUCGGCAAAAUCAAAUGCAAGAACCCCGAAUGGCCCCGAUAUCGAUCUGUAGACUAUUUCAUAAGUUUUCGCUUUUUAGGCAGGAUAGUCACCAUUUCUCGUAACUUCCAAGAGUGUAUAGUGUAAACUGAACUGAUUUGAUGGUAUGCAAGCUUAAACAUGGUCCUGGUUUAGUAGUUUUCAAAAGGUGGAUAUAGCUUAUCUCUGGAUAAGGAUCUUAUUCAUUCUCAAGUAGUUUAGUUAAGGCCUGGGGCUAAGCGGUUUACCUGUGGACUAUGAUUUAGUGGCUAUAACUUCGGCAUAGAUUAUGAAGCUCUCUCGAAGCCAGAUCAAAAUUUGGCACACAUAAAGAACUCAUCUUCCUUAGUACUUUAAAAUAUAAGUAUUGUGUUAAUUAAACACGUGAUAUGUCACAUGACUAUUUUUAUUAUAAGUUGUAAAUUAUUGACCAAUUGGUGGCCGUUUUAAGAAAAGAAAUCGAGCAAUAACAUCUUAAUUUCUCAUUCAUAUUAAAUAAUUCUAACACUUCAAGUUUGGAAUGACCCGUCAAUUGCACUUCAAUAAAAAAUUACGAGGGCAAACAACAUUUUAAAUGCCCAAAUUUAUAAUCUUAAAGUAUUUAAAACUUUAAUUUUAAACGUCGCGUACAUUCAUUCCAAACGAAGAAAGAGGCCACAAAUCUGGACAAAUUUUAGCUUCUGUCAGGUUAAGUCGCCCACGCAAGCGAAUGCGAAAGUAGCGAUGGGGAAGGUGAUGCCCAUGAGGAUGUGAAAUAGUUAUCCCGCUCAGUAGCAGUUGAAUCCUUUCAAAAAUGCUUAUCCUGGAUGGAACGACCGAGCAAUACAGUAUUGACCCUAUCCAAAUAACGCAGCUUCAACAAAUGAUGGACUUUGCUGUGCGAUCACGUUGUAACUCGUUAAAACAAACUAGUCAGGGGCACCCAGCGGGAAAUUUUGAGAAAAAGACCUAAAAACAACAACAAAGCGUGAAUAAAGUUUUCUGAGACUAUUUUAAGCAUUUUGGGAGAUUGCUGGAAGAAAAUUAUCUGUUCCUCACUCCCAGCAAGACUGAUGGAAGAGUUCCCAGCCAGCAAACUUACAACCUGCAACCUGACUUACUGGGAAGUUUCAUAGGGCACAAUUCAGAUCUUGAGUGGUAAGUAAGCCAUACAAGUAACCCGUAGCAGCUAUUCUAGACUUCAAAUCCCCUCUGACACCCUGAAUUAUCUUUUUUCCCAGCAACACUUUCCUCCAAGGACUAUUAUUUCUUCCACAUCUCCCAGCCAGCAAAAAUGUGUCUGAAGAACAGAUAUUUUGAGGAACAGAUCCAUUGGGUGCCCCUGACUAGUAUGCUUAAACAUUUUAGAGUGCUGAAAAUGCACGUACACUUGAAACAGUAUCUUUUUUAUUUGUAACUUAGGAUAAUUCACAAUUAAAUUUUGUUUUCUUUAUUUCCUAAUUUUGCAUCAUUGUCUCAUUAGUAUUCAUAUUUUCGAUUAUCCGGACUCUCGAUUAUCCGGAUAUUUACUCAAGUCCAAACGAGUCCGAAUAAUCAAGGUUCGAUUGUAUCUUUUUCCUCUUUCAGAAAUGCUAAUUUGUUUAUCCAACCAAAGUAAAUUCGCCACCAAUUUACACAUUUCCUUCAUUUUCAAUUUUUAGUCACUUGACAUGUCACCAUAAUUAAACGUUGGGGCCCAAAAAACAAAUUCAGGUCUCCUAGCAAGAGAUAUUGCCAUCAUUCAUGUGCUCCGACCACACAUUUGACUCAGGCCUUAAAAUUCCUUGAAUAUUUGCUUAUUGAAAAUAUAAAAAGUGAAUACGAAAUAAAACAUGUAGAAAUUAAGGGUAAUUGAAAAAGAUAAAUUUCUUUUUAUUUUGAAAAAUUUUACAAAUCUUUUUCCGUCCAGGACCAAAAUCUGAAUCAUUAUCAAAAACAACAUUUUGGCGCCAUAUUUGCAUGAAUAUUAUUAAAAUACUAACUUGAAACUAAUUCAAUUAUUUUUCAAGUCAACCAUGACAAGUAGCUUACUGGUCAGUUUGGUUUUCCUGCUGGCCAUAGACUUGGUUUCAGCGUACGUCAUUGAGGAUACAUAUUCUGGCGCGGAAGAUGUAUUAGAUGCAAUUUCUAAUCUGGACGAUGUACAGGAAAGAAACUUACCCAAAGAGCCUCUUGUUCACAUCCCCCGCCUGAAAGAAAAACACAAGGACAGCUUCCUUGAAGUUAGUCAAGAAGAUGCUUUCGAGACUAUCAAAACAAGGGCUAUGGAACUGGCCGCAAAUGAAUGCAACAUAACUGUUAAGGAAAGGAACCUAAAGAAGGAAAGAGAAUCAGCCUUGAGACCUUACUAUCAGGCUUAUCAGCACGGAAGCAAGAAUUUUAUGGCCGAAGAGGAGUAUAAUACUGCCGCGAAGAGCGAAAAAUGCAGCGCAUGCGUUCUGAAUACUCUGUGCAACGAGACAGAAAUUCGAAACCUGUUGAAUAUUAACCCCAGCCUCUCUGAGUGAGUACAACAUAUUUACAUUUACAUACAAUUUAGAUUUACUACGGUUUGAUUUUAAUCUGCGUGUACAUUAAGGAGAACUGAUUAGUAGUUUGGUAGUGUAAAUGUCAACCCUACUUGUCAUGGUACACACCUAAUUGAAGAGGUAAGAAGAGACAAAAUAAUUACACAUAAAAUCGUGUAAUGAGAAGAAAGGAACAUUGAAAUGAGUUGAUUUAUUCUAAAAUUCCAUAAAUCUAAGAAUGAAAUUUAUAUGCCUAUUCAACCACACGCAGCCCAACUUUUAUUCAUAACUACAGUCGACUCCCGAUAACUCGAACCUUCAAGGGAAAUCGGAAAAAGGUUCGAGUUAUCGGGAGUUCGAAGAAAAUAGCCGAGAGUAAGGCAAAACUGCACAGUGAACAUUUUAAUCACAUUUAAUUGUAGAAAAGUCGAGUGAAAAUUAAAGAUACUUCUAGAUUACAAAUCAGAACGUAAAGUAACAAAACAUAGCCUAAAUAGAGAAUGCGUUUUACUGUUCUGAGAAUUAAAAGAAAAGCUGCUUCACGUUAGCCGGUGACAAUCAAGAUCAGCCUCUACUAGUAAAAUAUACUCCUUCAACAGGUCAAUAGGAAAUCCAAAAUUCAAUGUUUCGGACGCCAGUAGACGGCUUUUUUCCCGACUUUUUAAGGGUUCAAAACAUGGUUCGAGUUAUCGAGGGUAAAAUUAUGUACAAAAUGACCUGAGGGGAAACGAAAAUUGAUUCGAGUUAGCGGGAGUUCGAGUUAUCCAGGGUUCGAGUUACCGAGGGUAAAAUUACACUAAAUGUAUGACAGAAAUCCAGGGGAAAUCGAUUUUGGUUCGAGUUAGCACAAGGUUCGAGUUAGCGAGGGUUCGAGUUAUCGGGAGUCGACUGUACGAGUGGUCUUAUAUUGCGUAAUGCUCCAAAUGAGCGUGGCUGUAUGGGAAUUUAGGUAAAAAUCCAGGAAGAUAAAUAAUCGCUGGAAUUCUCAAUAAAAAACACCUUACCAUUCCAGACGCAAAUUGAGUAAACUCUCCUACUAAUUGGUUGAAUAGACAUACAAGUUUCAUUCUUAUUUAGGUCAUUUUAGAAUACCUAAGUCAACCCCAGAGGGGGGAGGGGGUACUCCGGUGACGGGGGCUAACGAAUGGGAGCAAAACUCAAAACUCAAACAAUCCCUAGGGCUUCCAACAAAACCCCAAAAAACAUGGACCAAACAUUAACCCCCCCAAAAAUCCCAUGGUAAAAUUCCGAGCCUUAACUGAAUUUCCACAUGCAAUGAAAUGAAUUAUAGUUGACAUUACAGCUGCCCCCGCUCUGUAGAUUGUUGGUCAAAAGUAUUAUUGGUCGUUGUGUAGCUCUUUCAAAUAUAUCGAUUCAUAAAGAAAUUUUCACACAUAUUCCAUGCAAUAGGUGAGAUAAAAACAGGAAAGGUUCCCUGCUCUGAUUCACUUCGAUUUACACAGCUUUGAUCCAAACAUUCUCAGUUUCGAGAACAGUUUAUUCUAAACCAGAAGAAAAAAUUUAAUUAGAAGUUGUCUUUCACUCUUUACAUAAAGUUCAUUUUAUUUGCCGGAAUGUAAGCCUUAGAAAUUCAAAGGUUUGAUCAAUUUACGCUCGCGCGUUCAAGUCUUUUUUAAAAUUUCAUAGGACAUCUGUAAGCAUGGAAUAAGUCAGCACAGAAUUUAAUUGUCGGCGAAUUUCUGUAAUCGUCCAUCGCUCUACUGGUGAUAAGCUUUUAGUCAUUCACUCUUCUUGCUUGUUUGUGGACUGGGUCUUAUUCCCUCAAAGAGAGAGAAAGAGUGUCUGGCAAAUUGUUUCCAAUCAAAGAUUUGCGAACUCGUGUCAGGCAAACUCUCCAAGUGUUUAUAUAUACACACAGUUAUACGCACCUUAUAACUUCAACUGCGCUUAACGAGUGUCUUUUGGUCCAUAACUUUCAAAACAGCUGCUCCACAGAAUGUCACUGAUAACACGUAACGCAAAAGAGUAUUGAAGUAUGACUGUACAGUAAAUGUCACAAAAUCUACCUAACUGUUCCCUUCGGAAUUUUCUGUUCUACGUCAUCCUAACCAUCUUUUACUUGCUUGCACGAACAACAGAAACGUCAUCAUUACCCAACGACUCCAUGCGGCCCCUGUUCAAGCAAUUAGAGAUUUUUUCUGGCAUACUGACUGUAUAUUUCAACCGUGAAAAUACGCACGAGCUACUAGAGUGCCACCUCGGGAUCUCCACUUCUGGGCGAAAACCCUUCGGGAGCAAUAAUAAAACGGCCGGAAAACAAGUUUGGUUGUACUUUAUUGGCAGAACUACGCGGCGGAGAUACGGGGGCACUACCACGACUCUUUAUAUUGUUUUGAAUACCCCCAAAAAAUCACUACUUAAAUCAAGCCACCAAAAAAUACCGGAAUGGAAAAUUUCAAACCCCAAAAAAUCCUUCGAACAUCCCCCUCACUUCAAAUCUGUAGUACCCUCACUGGGAAGUCAACUCAUUGCAAUGGGCUUUUCUUUUCAUAACACGAUGUUAUUUCCCCUAAUUUCGAAGAGGUAAUUUCUUUCCUUUUCACUUUUAUAGGACAUAUUUCGAGAGCUUCGGCUGCCUGUGACAAUCACCGCUACUUUCGGACAUUAGGGAGCUUAACCAAAGACCUUUGUUAGCGAAGAAACUUUUUGUAUGCCUAGUUGCUUCUGAAUGUGUAUUGCAAAGUGUUUUUACUCUUAUUCAGACUUAUAACCAGGGCAAAACCACUUCCCAAGAAUGCAAAACAUCCACUUCCGGUUGACGUGCGACUUCGCUCAAAAACACCUUUGCUUAAGCUUACUAUUGUAUUGACUAUUUUCCAAUUGCCCAUAAUACACUCUGUUUGCCCCCCAAAUUUUGCAUAACUUAUUGCCUUAAAAUGCUCUUGGGAAAAUGCAAUACUCCCAGGAGCAUUUAAAAACAAUGGUUUAUGCAGAAUUUGGGGGGCAAACAGAGUGUAUUAUGGGCAAUUGGAAUAGAGAAUGGCAUUUUGUUACAAGAGCAUGGGCCAGAAAUGAGAUGGUAGAUAGCCAACUACGGCGGCUAAACGAAAGUUUAAUCAGGGUUCCUAUUACAAGCGCGAGUGGAAGACUGUAAAUAAUAAAUUACUUUUCUAAAAAUAAUAACAGGCUGCACUGUUUAAGCACACACAUCGCACUGUUAUCAAAUUUAUGAGAAAAGAAGAGUUGACUCGGCUAGAAAGGUGACCCGUCUAGCUGGGUCACCCUUUUUCGAUGUCAAGGUCACCCUCCAAGUCAGUAUAAUUUCUCUCCAUAUAAACACUUUGGCUCGCCCAGCGGAGUCAACUAGGCCAAUGUGAUGCGCAGGCGCUGUUGUCAGUUCGAGGCUCUAGUAAAGGGGUGAACUUCAAACGCCUUUUAAAGUUGAUUCAGUUGGGAGGGUGGCUCCUCUAGGCGUUAACCGAGGCAUUACAGUACUGCUAAGGAGUGAACAAAAGUCGAAGCGCCCCAAGAUUCGCAUCGCUGUUGGAUAACUAAUUUCUAGUUUUAUAAAAUUAAAACAGAUUAAGACCAGCGCCAAACAGGUCUCUUUCUACAACUUCCUAAUAUUAUUAUCUUCUAACAGGACACAACAAGUUAGAACGUGUAAAAGAAUCAUCCUCCGGCGAGCAAUGAGAAUUUUUCCUAAAGAAGAGGAAUCCAUAGAAUGUGAUGAGGACGCUAAAUAUCGCACAAUCAAUGGAACCUGCAACAACCUAAAAAACCCAGAAUUUGGAUCAAUCAACACAAAAUUUGAACGACUUAUCCCAGCCGAUUAUGGCGAUUGCAUCUCAACCCUUCGAGAAUCAGUGACUGGUCACCCGCUUCCAAACACCAGAGAAGUAAGUUUCAAAGUUCACGGCAGCAACGCAGACCGCUUAAAUCCUAAUUCUAGAGUACUGUCCCAUCUGGCCAUGAACUUUGGACAGUUCAUGGACCACGACCUGUCGCUAGCGGAGGCACAGGGGGUUAACUGUGAGCCACCCGAGGACGAGGAAGAACCUGAAUGUAUCAACAUUCAUAUUCCCGAAGAAGAUAAGAUUUUCCUUGACAGAAAUAUUACAUUUAUUGAAAUGGAGAGAGAGGCUUUCAUCGAACCAGAUUCUUUUUGUCAACUAAGAGUUCGAGAGCAUCCGAACACAAUAACCGCCUAUAUUGACGCAUCUAACGUGUAUGGAUCAACUGAUGAGAUUGCUGAAGACCUUCGUGCUGCAGACGGCCUCCUAUUGGUCAUGAAGCAUCCACAUGGCUGCCAAUUCAAAAACUUACUGCCUGCUCAAGUCGACGGUUUCUGCCCAACAAGAAAUUUUUUUGAACCAUGUUUUUUCAGCGGAGACAUACGAAACAAUGAGAACCCUGGUAAGAUAGGCGGGGCCAUCCACAUAAAUUCAUCUCUAAGAGGUCCCUGGGUAUCAGAGACUUUUCUUGCCCGGAUUCCGCUUUCGGGCUUCGCCGCUCAUGGCUUCGGCUUUCCACCGAAGACGUGUCGGCCUGCCGCCGACCCCGAGACGUCUCCGCUGCUCUUGAUCAUCGUGCGCAAGAAAAAACCUCUGAUACCCAGGGUAUCCUCAUGUCAUGAAACACUUUUCCUUUAAUUCCUUUCCCGAAAAAAAAAAAGAAGCAGAAAGAAAGACAGACAAAAACUCGAGAGAUGAGUAAUUUUCUCCUGCAAUAUUUCGUACCUCCAGUGACGCAAUGUUACACUAUUAAAACAGGACGAAGAACCCUACUUUAGAAUCUAUUUAUCACCCAUUUCACAUAAGCCUCCUUUGAGGAAAACAACAGGGAAAUCAGAGAUUAAUUCAUCUCCCUCGAUCAAACUGUUUAAGAGCGAUAGGACUAAGUUUAGGUUGAUAUUUAAAGUACGCUUUGCAUGCAUACGUACAUUUCCAAUAUAUAUCCAAUCCAGCAAGUUCCGUUUUUUGGAGGGUAAUGAAACUCCUGCAACCUGAAAUGCUGCGGCAUGGAAACAAAAAAUUGAUCUUUUCCAUAUAAGAUACUAUUACUAAUUAUACAAGUCAUUCUCAGUACAGUACAGCAAACAUGUGCAGAAAUUAAGACCAAGUCCUAAGGUACUUUAAUCAGUACCUAAAGAAAAACUAAUUGAUAUUUCUAAACCUACAGGUCUAAAUUCGAUCCAUACUAUCUUCGUGCGCGAACACAACCGAAUCGCAACAUUUUUCAUAAAGAAUACAGACUGGGACCCCGAAAAGAUUUAUCAAGAAACCAGAAGAAUCGUCGGAGUACAGCUACAAAUCAUAACAUUCGGCGAGUUCCUGCCAUUACUUUUGAGUGAGCACACGGUAGGUCUCUACAAAGCUGCACCCUACCUUUUUAGCAUGUCUCCAGAUUUCAGGCAACGGGGAUGAUCGUAUGGGGGCAACAAUCAAAACACAAAAAAUCCCUGGACCACAAGCUAACCCCCAAAAUUCCCAUGCCUAAUUUCCGAGCCUAAUUACGUAUAACCCUGAAUUUGAGCAAGAAGUUAAUUUUUUUCAGUUCGGGUGUUGUCUGAGUGGUCGAAUAUGAAACUGAAGAAAGAGAGAAGAAACUUAUAUCCAGUCGGAAGUGGUCAGCGAAGCGGUCGCUUACGAGAGUGGUCUCAAGUAGAGAGUUGACAUGUGGGAAGAAACGGAAAUUUUUCGCUGAGGAGAGGAAAUAAACGGAGACAAGCAAACUGCAAUCAAGCCAAGUGCUCGCGAACUUUCUCUAAUACUGAAACAAGAGAUCCGAACUCGUUACUCAAAAAAGCCGCUAUAAAAACAGUAAAUUCGCCACGUAACCACCCAAAAGAAGGGAACCUCUAACCAUGCUAUACUCGAUAAGAAAUUUGGUAUUUAAAACUUAAAAAAUCUACCCACAUCUCUUUAAGAGGCUCCUUGCCGGGUUUGGGGCGCGGUCUUCUGUGCCAGAGGUCCUGAGUUAAAUUCCCAGGGCUGAGCUCAAUUCUUCGUUUGCACCUCUUUCUCUUUCCGUGUAGCUUUGUGAAAGCUUUGUCACGAAUUUAUUACAAUUAAAACGGUGGGAACUGCCACCAAAUUGGGUUAAAAAUUAAAAUAACCAAUCAAAAUAUUAAAAGAGGGCAUAAACAUAGUCAAUACACUUGAAGAAGAUUGAAACGGAUGACAAUUGCGGUUUUUAAAACUUGUUAGCUUAACAGUUUUUCAUGUUAUUCAAUACAUCCAAGUUCACUUUUAAUUGUUUGUAACGUUUGAUAUAGUUUGAUUUAAUGCUUAAAAGACAUAUUUAAUUGUUUGACUCGAAGCCCUGACUUUGUCAUUCACAAGUAAUUUCUUAAGUUCGAAGACGCGUAAUUGGCAUUAAUAGAGAAAAUGAACUAGACACAGCCCCUUUGAUUACCCGUAAAAUAAAGCAAUGACGGAGAGAGAAAGAUAAAUAAGUGCACCGCAGGACUCAGGAUUGUAAGCCAGAUGAUGAUUAUUUCGAGCUACUAAACCUAAAAUAAAGACGCAUUUUUCGACCAUUUACCUUUAACUUCUAACAGAAUACUCUCCUUCUUUACAUUUGUAUUUAGCUCUACGCGUGAUUAUGAAUAAAACGCAAACAAUAAGUUAUAUUGCAUCCGUUUACAUAACAAAAAAGGUUUAUUUUAUGUUUGUUUACUUUCACCACUAUUUAGAGAAAAGAAUUUGGUCUUGUACUUCUUGAGGGAGAGGAGUAUUUCACAGGCUAUGACAAAGAGGUCAAUGCGCAAAUAUUAACAGCCUUUGCCGUAGCUGGAUAUCGAUUUGGCCACAGUUUGGUUCAAGAGCUUUUCAGUCGAUUCUCUCAAGAUGGCUUUGAACACAAAUGCAGCAAAUGUAGCAAAGACAAAUUACAAUUCCAGCCAAUCCCAGUACUGGACUUCAAUAACCCAGCACCCUUGUUCGAUGUAUGUAAAGGAGGCGUCGACGCCAUUUUGAGGGGCUUACUUAAAGAUCCUGCAGCGAAAGCUGACGGGUGAGUGAAUUUAUCGCGUGUACGUACACGCAGUCCUUUUGAUUUGUUUAAUUUUCUUGUUUAGGAGAAAAUUUCAGUCUUGCUUUUAGGGUAUGCAUAGUUGUGAGCCUGAUAAGUUUAAGACCGAUUCGCGCGAAUUCGCGAAACUUUGCAAGAGAUAAUUUAGAGUCAGUUCGAAGGAUCGGAGCUCACGCUUGGCGGGCUAGAGGAGGUUUUAUUAUAGCCAAAUUCAAUUCAAGGAAUUAUACUGCGUUCUUUCUGUACCUUGAAGACCCUUGAAAAGCUUUCACUUUGAUUAUGGUAAUCAAGUGUUACAACAUACUCUGCAUAGGCGAUGAAUAGAUCCAAUCGGCACCAUUAUUAUCUACUCACUAUCCGUCUUCUCUUUGGGUAAGAGCCUAUAGUUAGGAAAUCACCGAAUUCACUGCAACCCACAGAGGGUCACUGAACUGUAGGUUGCGCGCGCAAUGCACUAUAUUUAAUGCGCUCUUCUUCUAUCUUACUGAUUAAUUUUAUUUGUUUGUUUUGUCGUACAGGCGCUUUUCAAGUUCAGUCCAAGAAAACCUAAGUCGCGGUGAAGGUGAUACAUCUGACCUAAUCGCUAUUAACCUUAGAAGAGGGCAUGAUCGUGGACUGCCUAGCUACACCAGUUUUCGCCGCUUUUGUGGCCUUCCACUUGUUAGAAGGUUCUCUGACUUGGUAACGGUUGCCCAUUUUGACGAAAAGGUCGUUGCAAGAUUGCAAGAAGUUUACAAGAGAGUUGGAGAUAUAGACUUGUUCACCGGAGGUAAGUCUGGAGUAACGAUCGCAUUCUUCCCAUAAUCAUAACUAUAACAAAAUUCUCAAAUCUGCUUGGCUAUUAGCCUGCACCACAGACGAAACUAAACUAUGGUUAAAUUACAUCUGCGAAAACAGCUAAUUGGCUAUCAAUUGUUCUGAUUUCAGCACUAAUAGGACAAUGUAAUUGGACAGUACGCGUAAUCGCGACUGCAUUUGAAUGUUUUGUUGUUUUAGACUACUUGCAGUCCGCCUUUUCUCUAAAAUCCGUCUAGUUCUUAUCUCAGCAAGCGCGAUUGCAAACCACGACGAUAUGUUACAAUAAGGGAUUGGGACCAGACGAGAAAGAUGGACUGCGGACUCUUUUGUAGUAAACAAACCCUCCGUCAGCCUAGAAACGGAGUAACCGAUUGGUCAACUUUACAGCUGUUGACAGAUCAUUGACUGGUCUGUGGUGGAGACACGAGCGAUAAAAAUAGUCACUCGUCACAACUUACUACGAACAAUUACGAACCUGGUGGUAAUCGCUUGUAAACUAAAACGUUUAACGAUAUCUUACUGAAGGAAACUGCUGUAAAUUUCCUCAAGGGAAAGGAAUUCAAGGUAAUCUUACCGGAUUUUAAAAAAAGUAAAAUUUUUCAGUUGUUUAUGUUCUAUUUUUACUCGGGUUUAAUUGGUUAAUUAAAUUACCUUGACAGCUUCGUUGUACCCAGACAAUAAAAAGAGUCAGCAGUCUCUUAUUUUUUUCUUCUCGGACUUACGCCCUCGUUCAUCGCAGCUCGCGGCUUCGCCGUUCGCGUGCUUGGGUUUCACGUGCAGUAACUUUGCAAAGAAAAAUAAGAGACUGUUCGCAGUCUAGUUGUUUUUUUCACUGGUAGCAAAAACUCUCGCAUUUCUUCUAUUUUAAUUAAAGAAGACUUAAAACAUCACAAAUUUCUAUAGUUAUGAUUAAUUGGUAACAGAACUUCGUGUCGUCCUAUUCGGUUUGUAAUCAUAUAUACUCGUGAUUAAACUAACUACAUAUAGCAAAAAUCUUCGCGAAUCUGACUAGCCGUUAGGCAUCCACGAUUGGAACAUUUUUUCCAUAUUUUGAUGGGAAAGUGCAUGCAUUAUGUUUGAGUGUGAACAGGCAUGCAGUUUACAGUUGUUGUUGUUUUUGUUUUUGGCUUUUUGGCCUUUUUUUUCUGGUCAGAUUUGGGGCUGAAAUGCAGCACAAACAAAGAAAAACUUACAACAAUUGAAUUGGACUCACUUAAUUUGUUAUUACCACUUUUUUGGUUGAAAAGUAAACUUCAUUUGCUACUUCGAUCUCUUCUCAGGAAUGCUUGAACCAAGUGAUCCUAAAGGAGGAGAACUCAGUGCAACAUUUCAGUGCAUUUUAGCAAAUCAGUUCAAACGCACCAAAUUCGGAGAUCGCUUUUGGCAUGAAAACGCACCUAACGUAACCUUAAACACCAACAAGACAGCAUUCAACCGUUGUCAGCUAAAAGAAAUCAGGAAAACACGCUUUUCCAGGAUAAUAUGCGAUAACAGUGAUGACAUAACCUCAAUUCAAAAAGACGCUUUGAUGCAGUCUUCGGUAAGGGUCAGUUGCGACGAAUUGCCAAAGAUAAACCUUAAAGCAUGGAUUACAGAUUGUCCGUCGAGGUAAGUGAGAGGACAGCUGUUCAUUUCUUUUAAUCAAAAUUUUCCUGUUUCUUUCUGGUUGCGUUUGUUACAGAAUAAAUAGUGAUUAGUGGGAAGAAGGUGUUUAAAAAUUUGAAAGAAAAUUCAUCUUCUUGGAUGUAUGAUUAUGUCACUUCUUGGGAAUAAAAGUUUCAAUUUCUAGUUUCAUAAACAAAUGUAUCACGGCAAUGUUAAACACACCGCCCCCUAUGAUUUGUUCAUUUACUCAUUUCGAUUUUCCCAAAGUCGGUAGCCCGCUAUCUUGACUUCUUAUGGUAAACAAAAACUGAGAAUAGCAAAAAUUGCCCAUAGGAAUACCGAGAUGCGAUAUUUUUUUGGGGGGUGGGGGGGGGGCUAGGACCGAAGGGGGACAGGGCAGGGGCUCUCAAAGUAGGCGAUCCUUCUUAAUCAUAUUUCACUACUGUACAGGACUCCUACUGACGCUGUCGAUAGGCAAAAGCUCGAAUUUUUUUUUCAAUAUCCUUAUGAUUAAACAAAAUGCAAAUUCUCUGGACUGUCUAAAUCACUAAAGCAUGAAUCUGAUCACAGCAAAAAAAGUUCGAUAUCACAUGCCGAUCGCCUCCCGUGGUGCUAGCCAUUACAUCAAUCUCGAACAACAAGCCUUUACGUUUAGCGAGACAACCAUAGCCUGCCUAGCCGGUCGGAUUGUUAGCGCGAGCAAGGUAUUGGCAGAACUGCAGCGAACUCGUGUGGAGAAUGGGAAGGAGACGCUUUGAAAUUUCACGGCGCAUGCCGCGAGAAUGGCGGCCACGCGCAAAAACAAUUCCGCCAGGUAGGCAAGCCAAGACAACCAAAGAAGUCGUGACCUUCACCACUUCCCUAUACCGUAUUAACUCGAUUAAACGCCGCGGUGUUUAUUACUUUAUAAUUUCAAAAUCUCAGUUCUUAUAUCACUGAUCGAGCAGUUUCGAUAUAUCAUUCAUAUAUAUUACAAAACAGAAAGGCGUUCUAAGUCUCGCUUGCCUGCUGAGAUAAAAUCGUAACUGUCCGGAAGGGUCUUCUGUUUCAUUUUUUUUUCCCGGUUAAGAUAAACUCAAGAAAUUGGCCUGCUUCCAAUGAGGUCUUCAUAGCUCAGUUGGUAGAGUACCGCAGAGCUAAAGCAGAGGCCAUAGGUUCGAAUACCGUUUAAGUUCCGAAUUUUUUUCGGGUUAAUUGCAAUUACCACUGCGACGAUCAUAUCUUCAUUAAAAUGACUUUCUUUUCUUAUUAUCUUCGAAUAAACGCCCCAUUCUUCUGACUCGGCACGGCAUUUAAUCGAGUAAAUACGAUAAUCAAUGUUUCUUUGCAUCUAUUCAGGGAUACUCAAGCAACGGACCUCUCGCGAUCCAACGCUGAAGUAAGGGGAGAGGGAGGUGGGAGGGAGGAGUCAUUUUCCUAAUAUUUAAGUUAUAAUUUCACAAGAGCAGGAAAUGUAAAUUUUAAAAUAGGAUACUCUCUCAAAAGCGUUUUCGCAACCGUUGAUGUAUCUGUGUUCUUUUUUUUCUUCUGCACAGUGACUCUGUAUACAGCGACGAGCCUGAGGACACGCAUGAUGAGUUUUAAAUGAAGAACGCAGAAUCACUCGCUUAUCAUAUGCCUUUCAAUUAGACUGCAUUUAGGUUAGAAGAAACAUACAUGUAUACCAUUAUUUUGCACACAAAGUCAUGACACCCUUCUUGAGCGAAUUGUAAUUAUAUUUUCGAGUUUUUCUUUUCUUUCGAUCGGUGAGACUUGACGUUUGAUUUUUACACUGAAAGGGGCUGUGACGUCAUGGCUAUCUAGUUCAUAUUAUUUUCGCUAUAGGUCUUGGAAAUUUUACUUGUAAAUUACACAAAUACCGAAAGCUUCGUGUCAAACAACUGUUAGGAAACAUGUUUUUCAAAACCUACAAUUGCAAUCCGUUUCAAUCUCCCUCAAAUUUGACCAUCCGUACUUCCGUUUGUAUUUACUUUGUUAUUUGUACUUUCUUUUAACGUUUUGAGCGGUAAAUUGAAAGUUGCUCCCAUUGUUUGUUUUGAAUAAAUUUCGUGACACAGCCAGUCCGUUUGUGUAAUAGUUUCAGUAGUAGAUCUGGAAUAAUCAAGGAUGCCUUCUUCAUAACAAAGGUUUUUGUCAAACAGCGUAUUGUAUCCACUUCGCGGAGGCUCACUCUAUUUGACACAACUUAACGAUGCACCCAUAUUCUUCUCAAAAUGUAUAAAUAAAAAAUGGUGCUGAAAUGAUGAAUUAUCACUGUUGCUUUAUGGUUGUUAUGGGCUGUCCUGAAAGCUCCUGAUCGGUACAAGAUUCCUCCUCAAUUUGUCUUAAAUCUGUUUUUUGUUCAGGGCUACUGUAGCCUGUGCCAGGCUCUCAGAAAUAUAGUGGGGACGUAUUCAAACGAGCAGAGCGAAAAUAAGACUCACGCGACUUGAGAAAGGGGCUGUGGCGGCGGGAAAAAUGGGAGAGAGGUUUGGGUUAGGGUUAGGGUUAGCCCCCGCGCGUUUUUCGCAUUUCUUUUUACACCUUUUUACUGAACGACUCUUCACCACUACCUUGGAGCCUGGAACAGGCUAGGACUACUGCUGCUGAUGAUGAGUUCACCAAUACCUCGGUGAAAAAACACCAACACCACCACAACACCGCCGACUCUUGUCUGUGAACAGUGUCCUGGGAGUUGGGGAGAGACAAGAGGGUUGGGGGUAGGGUGGGUCUCCCCUCCUGUUCCUUUUUCUUCCCAUUUCUUCUCCGUCUGAAUUCCCUUAUCUUUGUUCUUUCUUGCGUUUUCGUUAUAUCUCUCACUUAAGUUAGAGAGCCUGUUUAUCCUUGCCUUACGAUUGCAAUCUUUUAAUGAAAGGAACAGUGGCUGUAGCGUCCUAAUCAGUGUUAGAUAAACGACCGAAUUAAAGGCACAAGGAACAUUUGGCUUAAUUUUGCACGUUUUGGGACUUUUCACAGGUGUCGAAAUUAUUGCCAAUGAGCUAGGAAAACCCAUUUAUAUUUGUUCUCGCUUUUUUGCAGUCUGGGGCACCCAACGACGGUUUCCUCCUAAUCCAUUAAAAACACUUUUUAGGUUAUCCAGAGUACUUUUAGAUCUUUAGAAAUGCAUUCUAAGCGGCGCUAUAACUGAAAUUUGUAUCUGUUCGGUCAUCCUAGGGGAACUUGAGUCUUUCGAAAUUACAAGGGCUUCAGUAUUAUUUUCCCGAAAAUUAUAGAUGCAAUGUAAAGUAACGCGAAAGUGAGAAUUUUACUGAUUCCUCUCUCCAUCCCAUUUUUGAAUCCGAAAAGUUAAUGGGUUUCCUUCUUUUUACGAAAAAUAGCCUAACGCUGGGAGUGAAAUGUGAAAAAUUAAACUUAUAAAAUCGUAGGGAAUUUAUUAUAUAUUAAGUUUCUAAAUUAAAAUUAAAUUAGCCGUCCUAAAGCAGAAGAAAAUUUUUAGUUAGGCAUCAUCUGCUUCUCCGAACAGAUAUUUCACAGAAAACAGUCGUUGGGUGGCCCUGACCAGUGAGGGGCGAUGUUUGAAACAGGCCUUUUUUGAUAUUUCCUCCUUGAUACGUGAUAAAAGCCAGCGCUUUCAUCAUGCAAUUGACGUUGAUUAAUUCCCAAGCUACAAGCUUAUUGAUUAUUAUACCCUUUGACAAAAUUUGAACGAAAGCGGAAAAACGGAGAAACAAAAUUAGCCGCUUGGUGUUCUCAUUCUGAAAGGCACUUUAGUACAAAACACGUGAGCUCAAAACAGUGGUAUGUUUCUGACUUUUCACUUUAUUAAUGUUUUUUUUUUUUUCGGCUUCAACGAGAGGGUUAGUAUUUCAAUGCUCCGGUAGACCGUUCCCAUCCUGAAAGAACCUUGCAAAAAGGCCUAAAGAAUCAUAAUUACAUCCAGUUCUAGAAUUCCAGUGUAUUUCAGGUAACAUUUGCAUAAUUCCAGACUCUUCCACCAAACAAUUUCCGAACAGUCUCUAAACAAAGAAAUAUUGCUCAUUCCAUUUUAACUGGCAUAUAAUGUACUUUUUUGUUAUAUUGUUCACCUCUACAAUUGUGAGUUUACUUACUAGGGUAUGUUCGAAUAGGGAAUUAAGGACGAAAUAAACUAACAACUUGAAGGAACACAAACUGUGCAAAAGAAUAGAACUGCUGUAGAUUGUUAAAACAGCUGAGUAAAAAGACAAACUGAAAUCAAUGUCCGGCGCCGCCAUAUGUAUGCUCUCCUGCAGCUGUACUCUUGUCCCUUUUAUUUUGCACAAAGGCCGCGCACUCGUUUAAAAAUUGACUCGCGCCUAUAGUGACUACAGUCGUUCCGUUCUCACGACGUAAUGUCACCCUGAAUCGACCAAUGAGCAUGUCUAUCUGCUCAACAUAUUCCAUUCACUGAAUUAUUAGUUAUCUUUAAAUCUUCUCGAUAUUUUUUAACAGAAAGGUCCGCUUGAAGAAUGUCGUUUCUUUGCAUACACGCCGACUAAAAUAUUCAAAAAAUGCAGAUCAAAACAGGAAAAAAGAGAAGCACCAGCGGUAAGGUUUUGGUACAAGGUAGCCACAUUUCUGAGCCGGAUAAAACUAUAGGUAGUUAAAAUUUUUUUUCUUUGAUGCUUUCCCAGCUAUGUUGGCAUGCAACACUGUUCAUGAAGACUUUGCCAAAUUUUCUUUGCACGGAUCACCGAUGUUUCACCAAGAGAGGGGGAGGAUAGCAAAAACUCAAGACCCGGGGGAGGAUUACUAAACAAAGUUUGACACGAGAAGGCUCUGCACCGAUAUCCAAUCCCUUUUAUAUUCCACGGUACCCCUUUCAAAUACCUAUACUUAAGGAAACUGUUUCCCUUUGGAAGGAAAUUGAUAACAUCAAAACAAAUUUUAAAAAACAGCUCAAAACAAGGCGGUAUGAUUGAAAUAUAUUUAAUUUAAGGCCCCUUUAAACACCUAAUUGCCUCCCGUGAAAAAGGUAUUCCUUUCGGGCGGGAGCUUACCUGUAUAGGAACUUACUCUCGGGAGUAACCCAUCUCCCUCCCCCCUGACCUGAUUAGACGAACAUUUCAAUAGAUAAGCCCAACAUAAAAAGCCAAGAAAAUUCUCUCAGAGCUAUUUAUUGUACCUAUUCACGUGUACAAAAAGUGGUAUUACAGCUGUUUCGGAUAACGCGACCUGCCAUGUCUUAGGAUUUUGAGUCUUGCUGCGACAUCACUUAAACUCUGAAGGCUCGGCGCUAUCUAGCGGACCUCUCAGGAGACAGAAGUUUACUUCCACGGGUUCAAAAGGUCAUGGUUUGUGAUUUGUGACUGAUCGAUUUCGAUCCGUUUUAUGUGCUAUACGAUUGCAUUCUCGGGUUUUGAUGUUUAACUUAAUAAGUUUACAAAGUUACUACGAGUAUAGAGUAAGUUUAGAAAGAGGUUGUAAUUCUCAACUGUAUACUGUCUAUUUUUCACCCAAGUACCACUUUUUAGCGACACUACUUAAACUUACUUAUGCUUUGCCGCAUUCUAGGUGCAAGGCUGAUUAAAGAGCUAAUGUAACCCUUAAACUGCUAAGAGUCAAUCAUUUCCCAAUCUACCUUUUUCAAGUUUACAAUUGUGCCGAACAACAAUUUUACUGAAAGCCUGAGAAUCAAAGAAUCAAAAUGGUCUUAAAAUCCCAUUAAAGACACAAGCCAGCCCUAUGCGACAAUUGCUCCACUCUCAUCCCGGAAAAACUAUCCAACUAUAACAGCUUUUUUUAAAAACCACAAAAAUUAAUAAGGAAAAUAAGCAACCUCAAAAGAUUCCGAACAAAAAACAAGAGUCACAAUGGUUUCAAUAGAACUGACACAUACUCUCCUUCCAAGAGGACAUUUGAAAAGGAAAGAAACAUCAAGGAAAUCAGUAUUAUGUUCGAAUAUCUGAACAACUUUUCCUGGUUAAGGAAACAUGCUCAGCACAAAAUGUUUAACGCUUUGUAAUAUUCUAGCAAUUUCUGACAUUGAGCCACCAGCCGACUUUGUCAGACCUUGUACGACAACAGAGCACUCGCACUAAGGAAAAACUGCCCGACUGGAAAAGCCUUAUUUAAAAACAACAAAAUCAUAACAACCUCUUAGUCUUCCAGGCCAAUAGCUAUAAUAAAUAUUUCCAGUAGAAUAUAAUCCUUCCAAUUGCAAGGAGACAGUGGUUAAAUCGAAAAUAAACUAGUGGAAAUGUAAUUGUUGAGAUCGGUUAUUGGAGCCACUUUUCUCAUUCAAAAGGGACAAAAGACAUUGAGCUGCCUGUUGUAUAAAUAGAUAGACGACCGCAUUCUUUUAACAGUUGCUCUUUGUUUUUCCCACACUUUAUUGUCUCAUUUAGUUUCGUUUUAUUAUAAAAGAACAAAAGCCUAACGGCAAAAUACAAUGUGACGAUAAUAGAUCAUACAAAUUUUCCGGGUUGCGGGUAUAAAAUUUGUUAACUUUAGUCUUACUAGCUGGGCUCAGUAAAUUCAUCUACGCCAAAUGCACGGAGACGAAUGAACGAUUGUCCCGUAGUCUUUUCAGAGGGAGUUUACCGGUAAGACUUAAUCAGGUGAGUAAUAUUUUUUCUUUUGUCUUCCAAAACUGCGACCAUAACAAUUGGCAAAGUUUGAUAUACCUCCCUUUUAAAGGGGCACCUGUCCAGACAGCACUCAUAGACACGAACAAGCUCACAAAUAAAAACUGCGAGACGCUCCCUGCCACCAAGUUCCUCCGCUACAUACACAAAUAGUCAGUGGAAAGAUUUCAGAAUCUGAGAAUGUCUUAUUCGCCGUAUGUAUCCAAGCGUCAUCCCAAACAAUAAAAAUUGAAUAGUUAUUGAAAUAAAACAAUACAAAAAACUAAGCACAUAGUCAGCUCAAAAAUAACAUAAACUGUGAUAGCCUGAUCUCGCUGUGAACAGCACGUCGAGUGUUGGUCUCCAAACGGAGGGCAAACGAAGUCGCAGGAGGUUAGUAAAUGUUGCCUUUAACCAAUUACGGUACACUGACUAAGCCAAGAGAACGUAAUUUAUUAAUAGCCUUUUUCUUCCCAUUUCUUCUCCGUCUGAAUUCCCUUAUCUUUGUGCUUUCUUGCGUUUUGUCAUAUCUCUCAUUAGUUAGAGAGCCUGUUUAUCCUUGCCUUACGAUUGCAAUCUUUUAAUGAAAGGAACAGUGGCUGUAGCGUCCUAAUCAGUGUUAGAUAAACGACCGAAUUAAAGGCACAAGGAACAUUUCGCAUAAUUUUGCACGUUUUGGGACGUUUCACAGGUGUCGAAAUUAGUGCUAAUGAGCUAGGAAAACCCAUUUAUAUUUGUUCUCCCUCUCUUUCAGUCAGGGGCACCCAACGACGGUUUCCUCCUAAUCCUUUAAAAACACUUUUUAGGUUAUCCAGAGUACUUUUAGAUCUUUAGAAAUGCAUUCUAAGUGGCGCUAUAAAAUUUGGAUCUGUUCGGUCAUCCUAGGGGAACCUGAGUCUUUCGAAAUUACACUGCACGAAAGUAAGAAGUUUACUGAUUCCUCUCUCCAUCCCAUGUUUGAAUCCGAAAGUUUAAUAGGUAUCCUUCUUUUUACGAAAAAUAGCCUAACCUGGGGAGUGAAAUGUGAAAAAUUAAACUUAUAAAAUAGUUGGGAAUUUAUUAGAUAAGCUUCCAAAAUUAAUUGUACUAUGCGACAAUGGCUCCACUCUCAUUCCGGGAAAUCUAUCCAACUAUAACAGCUUUUUUGAAAAACCAGAUAAGGAAAUUAAGCAACCUCAACAGGUUCCAAACAAAAAGCAAGGGUCACAAUGGUUUCAAUAGAACUGACACUCCUUCCAAGAGGACAUUUGAAAAGGAAAGAAACAUCAAGGAAAUUAGUUAUGUUCGAAUAUGUAAAAAUACUUUUCCCGGUUAAGGAAACAUGCUUAGCACAAAAUGCUUAACGCUUUGUAAUAUUCUAGCAAUUUCUGACACGGAGCCACGGGCCAACCUUGUCAGACCUCGUACGACCACACAGCACUCGCACCAUGGAAAAACUACCCAACUGGAACAGCCUUAAUUAAAAACAACAAAAUCAUAACAACCUCUUAGUUUCUCAAGCCACUAGCUAUAAUAAAUAUUUCCAGUAUCAUAUAAUCCUUCCAAUUACAAGCAGACAGUGAUUAAAUCGAAAAUAAACCAGUGGAAAAAUGUAAUUGUUAAGAUCGAUUAUUUGAGCCACUUUUCUCAUUCAAAAGGCACAACAGACACUAAGCUGCCUAUUGUAUAAAUAUAGAUAGAUGACCGCAUUCUUUUAACAGUUGCUCUUUGUUGUUCCCACACUUUAUUGUCUCAUUUAGUUUCGUUUUAUUAUAAAAGAACAAAAGCCUAACGGCAAAAUACAAUGUGACGAUAAUAGAUCAUACAAAUUUUCCGGGUUGCGGGUAUAAAUUUGUUAACUUUAGUCUAGUUGGGCUCAGUAAAUUCAUCUACUGUAGGGAAUCCACGGAGACGAGUGAACGAUUGUGUCGUACUUUUUUCAGAGGGAGUUACUGGUAAGACUUAAUCAGGUUAAUAUUUUUCUUUUAUCUUCCAAAACGCAACCAUAGCAAUUGGCAAAGUUUGAUAUGCCUUCCUUUUUAAGUGACACCGGUCCAGACAGCACUUUAGACAUUAACAUCCGCACAAAUAAAAGCUGCGAGAUGCUUCUUCCCGCCACCAAGUUCCGCCGCUACAUGCACAAAUAGACAGUGGAAAGAAUUCACAAUCUGGGAAUGUCUUAUUCGCCGUAUGUAUUCUACCAUCAUCCUGAAAAAUAAAAAUUGCACCGUCAUAUUGAAAUAAAACAAUGCAAAAAAACUAAGCAUUUAGUUCUCAAAACACUGAGAUCGCUGUGAACAGUAUGCCGAGUGUUGGUCUCCAAACAGAAGACGAUUACAAUCAAUGUGAAUCGCAGGAAGUUAUAAAUGUUGCCUAACCAAAGAUUUCAAAGAUUUCGUUAAAUUUAGCUAGUCUGUCUAGUCUAAUAGGAAGACGGUCCUUUUCGAAGAAUGGGAAAAACUUUAAGUUACGGUUGACGAAGCCUAGUACGUAAGGGGCCGUCGACAUAUUCACUUCCCCCCGCUUAACGUCAACUGGGCGUUUAGGUCAGACCCCCCCCCUCCCUCCUCCUUAACGUCCACUUGAAAUUGUGCUGCCCCAAAAAUCACUGCAUUCCAGUACUGACAUGCACUUUUUACGUGAAGAUGUCACCGAUUUACUGUUUUAAAACGUGGUAGAAACUUCAUACAUCGAAUUAUGCUUUGUCCUACCUGUUUUCUUGCAAAAUCUACAUAGCUGCUUUUUCCUGUCAAUGCUUUUGAUUCCCUACUACACUACAGUAUUCAGAGGUCAAAGCCAGAAUCGCUGGUACAAGACCGUCAUGUCGGCCGCCAUGUUAUUAAACAACAUACUAAACCUACUGGCCAGCGGCAUUCCAUUUUCUAAUUCAUGUAUGCAUUACUCUUUCGUUACUCUGAAAGCACGGAUUUAUACUUUACUCAGUUUAAGUUAAAGUAUUGUCAAUUGUUGUUAGAUUGAAGUGAAAAUGAUUGCCUCGGAUUUUGUCCGAUGAGGGUGAACGGAUUCUCAAAAAAGAACGCUGACGUUCAAAGGAUGUAUUGAAAAAAGAUUCCAGUUGUGUUCACAAACGUAACUAACCAUAAUUUUUGGUAUUGUCAAAAUUUUAGUGAUUUAGGACAGAGUUUAAAAGAUCACAAUGUAAAGUGUACAAUUUGUUAGUAGUUAAGGGCAGAGUUUAAAAGAUCACAAUUUACACUCACUUCUUUAAUUGGUCCUGCUUUCUCUUUAAUUAUGUCACGAGCGCCGUUCCACACAUGACGUAUAAUUUAUGAAAAUGCAUCAGUUUGCUUUUGUCCAAAAAUGCCCCGCACUAACGUCCACUGCCUUACUCCUUCCCCCGCUAAACGUCCAGUUGACGUUAAGCGGGGGAUAAGUGAAUAUGUCGACAGCCCCUAAUUUGUUAAUAGCCAAGGCAAAACUGUGUCGUUGUCAGGCCUUCUAUGUUUCACAGUAUUUUGCAAAUUCCACUCAAACUGAAUGACAUGUAAACAAGAAAGAAUUUCCUUUUUACUUGGGGUUGACAUUUUUAUGCUGACAUAGAACAUCUGUUACCAGGUGAGCCAUUUCGCUGUGUUUCUACGCAAUUGCUUGGAAUUUUACUUAGUUCACUCGAAAACUAUAAGUACAGAAAAACCAUCGAGUUUUUACUGUUUCACUUAUCAGGUUUGCGUCUUUUUCCUUUUAAUUUAGUUUGCUUGUUUUUUUUGUUGUUGUUUUUUGUUUUUUUUUCCUUUACAAAUUUAGUUUGUUUUUUGCCAUAUAGAUAUAUAUAUUAUUUUUCAUAGUUAAAAUAACAAGUAUUUAUAAUUAUUUUUUUUUUGUCAACAAAUAAAAAAAAUAAAAAAAACCUGUGUUUUAAGAACCUGUUAAGCUCUGUUAGGAUAAAAUUUGCUAGUUAGGAUCUCUCUACACAAGAAACUGUUUAGCCUAAAACCCAUUUCUAAAAUCUACAAAAAUUCUGUAAACUUGGGAGAGUAAGAUAAGUCAACAGUUCAGAAUCCUCUUCGAAGACGUAGGUGCCUCAUCACUCCAUCUACAAAGUACAUAGUUUGCAGAUUUUAAAGUCAUAAGGAACAAGCUGAAUACCAGAGGUAAAUAAACCUCUAAGAUACAAUGUACUUUUCUACGAAAAACGUGGGUUCUCCGAAAAUUUUGGAUCUAGGAGUCUUGGAUUCGUCGUUUUUUCUUUUCCGUUUGGUCUUAGGAGUCGAAAUUUUUAGAGUUCAUGGGGAAAGCUUAUCGAACUAAGCAAGCAGAUUAUUAAGACACUGUCUUCCAUCGGCAUUUUCGGCCAGUUCUUAAGUUUUAUUUGUACUAUUAUCUCGAAAUUUUCGGCGCUUAGAGUCUCGGGCUUGGAUUUUUUAGAACCAAAGUCUCGUGCUCAGAAUUGAUAAGAACGCAUAAGUCUCGGUCUCGAAUAAACCAGAGUCUCGCAGUCUAGCGAAGUCUCGAAUUUAUCAUUCUAAUUACCCCCAUAAUUUCUUGCGUGUUUUUACUGAAUUCAGACAGAGUAAACAAUAUCAGCGAUCGAGUUCACCAGACAAGCAAGAAAAAACGAAUUCAAGCCAUCAUCAUUACUUGCAAGCUUUUCGGACUGUCUACCACCCUGACCGAUUCUAAAAGAACAUCCGUUGCAAUUCAUUCAGCGUGUGCGUCAUAGCAUGUAACAAAACUAAUUGUUAUUUGAGAUAAGAGUUGCUUAUUUAAGAUUAGGUUCGAUACCAUGGAAGAAACAUCAAUUUUCAGGGCCCACUAUUGUAUCCCGUUGCUGGGUAACCCAAUGAUAAUGCACGUGGAAAUUGACCUCUGGCUCACGUAUUUCGCGCAUUUUGGAUAGCAGGCCGCGCGUGAUUUCUUUUCUUUCUUUCUUUUUUUUUCUUUUUUCUUUCUACGAGAGGUACCCCUACUGUUAGGUACCUACCAUAACUUUGUGGAAAAAACAUUUUACAUCAGUAGAUUCACCUAGCAACCUUUGAUUGUGGUAUUGCGUCCACUACAAUAGUGGAUAAGGUGGUGCGGGAGGGUAUGUGUAAAUUUGUGUGCGUUAAUUUUUAGGAAAAGCACUGAUAUUGAGCGACCAACAAACUGCAAUGCAGCCACGUCCAACACAAUGUACGGUGCAAAAUAAAAUAAAAGGAACUGAAGGGUUGGGGGAUAUUAUAGCUAAACCUUAGCUCAAGGUUUCUAGAGCAAACAGAUCCACUAGCUAUAACCGUAACAAAAUGCCUGCGGUAUUGACACAUGAAAGUACUAAAAGGUCUUGAAAAUAAAAAGUAGUUGAACACUUACUCUAAAAUACAUCAGAUAACCUCUGCAGUAGACAAAUUAGCGAGCAAAAUAAAUGGAAACUCCUCAGCUAGUAGACAAAAAUUCCUCUUAUUACGGACGUGACCCGCAAAAGGUAGCAAAAAAAUAUUUUUUUGGCGCUCACGCCAAUAGGUAAUCGUCAGCAUACUGACGUACAAAAUGGAAGGAGUCUGGGGAUGAAUUUAUCCCUAAUGAAUGAAAAAUGAAAUGGCUGGGAAAAGGGGGGUUACCCUCCUUAAAAAAAAAACUUUUUAAAAAAUAUAAAUUGCCAACCAGAAAGUAUAAUCACCUAUAGUAUUAUUUCGUUCUUUAAGUGGCUGUCCACUUAAGAGCGGUCCGUCUAGUUUGGGAUUGCCAGUAAACCUUCCCUCUAUGUUUUGUGGGUGAAAAGGACUUAAUGAGGAAUGAUUUAAAAUCGAGCUAAUUUUUUUCAAAAACUUCGCUACAGCAUAAAACUUCUUUCCUGUCUGAGAACGCUUCUUCAACUUUAUUCAGUGGCCAAAAUUCUGUAAUUUUAAAAGCCGCGCUUCUUCGUAACGGAUAAAUAUCGCGAAAUUCUACAUAGUACAAUGGAUUUAGCUGCAUUUGACUUGUCCUAUGACGGAAUCUUGGAUAAUUUGACGCAAAAUUAAAUUAAAUUAAUACGAUCAAAGACGAGCCACUUUGCAGUUUUUUUUCUCCCUCGACAAAUUUCUCCAAAGUAAAAGCUAAAAUCUCCAAAGCGGUACAAAAAUCACAGGCAAAAUGCACUUCACAGCAAAGAUCUUACCUAAUUCUGUUAGACAAUUAAGUCAAACGUGCGGGUAUCGUUCUGGGUUGGACGUGAUCAAACGUUUUUAAGAGCCUCUUUUCGGCAUUAUUUGCAUAGAUUUGCCCGAUUAACGGUUCACACACAACAACUUUAAUUUAGUAGAUAUUUUCUCAGCAGCUGAGAACGUUGUUGUGUAUCCUCAAAAUAACGAACACGUGUUUUGUUUUUACUAGCCUUUUUAAGUUUGUAUAAAUGAAAGCCGAAAAAAAUAAAAAUAACCUCCAAGAGUGUAUAGUAAUCGGUGUCAUAAAACAACACUAAACUGAAAAUUUGAUGGUAUACAAGCGGCUUAUACACAAUCCCGGUUUAGUGGUUCAAAAGGUGGAUAUAGCUUAUCUCUUGAUAAGGAUCUUAUUCAUUAUUUGCUUAUUGAAAAUAAGAAAGUGAAUACGAAAUAACGAUGUAGAAAUUAAAAGCAUGGAAACGAUGAACUACUCGAACUACUUAUUUUCAGAACUUAAGUCCUUUUCCGUCCAGAACCAAAAUCUGAAUCAUAAUCAAAAAUAGUAUUUUGGCGCCAUAUUUCCAUACAUGCUACUAAAAAUACUAACUUAAAACUAAUUCAAUUAUUUUUCUAGUCAACCAUGAAUAGACGUUUACUGGUCAGUUUGAUAUUCCUGCUGGCCAUAGACUUGGUCUCAACGUACGUCAUUGAGGAUACAUUUUCCGGCACGGGAGAAGUGUUAGAUGAAAUUUCUAACCUGGAAGACGUACAGGAAAGAAACUUACCCAAAGAGCCUCUUGUUCACAUCCCCCGCCUGAAAGAAAAACACAAAGACAGCUUCCUUGAAGUUAGUCAAGAAGAUGCUUUCGAGACUAUCAAAACAAGGGCUAUGAAACUCGCCGCAAAUGAAUGCUCCAACAUAACUGUUAAGGAAAGGAAUCUAGAGGCGGAAAGAGAAUCAUCCUUGAGACCAAACUAUCAGGCUUUUCAGCACGGAAGCAAGAAUUUUAUGACCGACGAGCAGUAUAAUGCUGCCGCGAAGAGCGAAAAAUGCAGCGCAUGCGUUCUGAAUACUCUGUGCAACGACACAUCUAUUCGGCAACUGUUGAAUAUUAACACCAGUCUCCCUGAGUGAGUACAACAUAUUUACAUUUACAUACGAUUUAGAUUUACUAAGGCUUAAUUUUAACCUACGUGUACAUUAAAGGGGACUGAUUAUAGUAGUUUGGUAGAGUAAAUGUCAAACCCUACAUGUCAUGGUAUACACCUAAUUGAAGAGGUAAGAAGAAAGGAUCAAAAUAAUUUCACAUAAAAUCGUGUAAUGAGAAGAAGGGAACAUUUCAAUGAGUUGACUUAUUCUAAAAUUACAUAAAUCUAAGAAUGAAAUUUAUAUGCCUAUUCAACUACACGCACCCCAACAUUUAAUCAUAACUCUCAUCAUAACUACGGGUGGUCUUAUAUGCGUAAUCCUCCAAAUGAGCGUGGCGGUAUGGGAAUUAAGGUAAAAGAUCCAGGAAGAUAAAUAAUAACUGGAAUUCUCAAUUUAAAAAAAACACCUUACCAUUCCAGACGUAAACUAAGUAAACUCUCCUACUAAUAGGUUGAAUAGACAUAGAAGUUUCAUUCUUAUUUACUAGGUAAUUUUAGAUUAUACCUAAGUCAACCCCAGGGGGGAAGAGGGGUACUCCGGUGGCGGAGUUUAUCGAAUGAGAGCAAAAAUCAAAACCCGAACAAUCCUUAAGGCUUCCAACGAAACCCAAAAAACCCUGGACCAAAAAUUAACCCCCAAAAUAUCUCACGCCGAAUUUCCGAGCCUUAAAAAUUUCCAGAUGCAAUGUAAUGCAUUUUAGUAAAAUCCAGCUAGUGGUCUAUUAUUAAUGCUGCGUUCUGAUUGGUUGAGCUACUACAAGGCUAUAUGUUAUAGCCCACAAGUGGCGAAAAGCGCCGGCUUUUGGCGGCAAAAAAGGAUUAAAGUCUACCGUUAACUAGCUAAAGCUGUUUUGUCUCGAUAUUUUUUUACCAACUACUUGGAUUUUACUAAAGCAAUUAUUCCUCUCUCCCUCACGGCCUCUGAGUCAAUAGCCCAUUCGGCCUUCGGCCUCAUGGGCUAUUGACUCAGAACCCAUUCGGGCUCGAGGAAUAAUUAUUGAAUAGUUGACACUACAGCUGCCCCCGCUCUGUAUAUUGUCGGUCAAUAGUAUGAUUGGUCGUUGUGUAGCUCCGGUUCAAAUAUAUCGAUUCAUAAUGAAGAUUUUCUCACAUAUUCCAUACAGCAGGUGAGAUAAAAAACAGGACAAGAAAAGUUCCCAGCACGGAUUCACUACGACUUUCACAGCUUUGAUUAAAACAUUCUCAGUUUCCAUUCAAAAUAAUUUAUUCUAAACCACAAAAAAAAGAUUUAAUUAGAAGUUGCAAUUUUUCGCUAUUUCUCUUUCACUUUUUACAUACUGUUCAUUUUAUUUGCCGGAAUGUAAACCUUAGAAAUUCAAAGGUUUGAUUAAUUCACGCUCGCGCGUUCUAGUCUUUUUCCCGGAACUUCAUAGAAGGACAUCUGUAAGCAGGGAAUAAGUCAGCACAGAAUUUAAUUGUCGGCGAAUUUCUAUAAUCGUCCAUCGUUCUUCUAGGGAUAACCUAGCCGUUGAUUCAAUCGCCUUGCUUGUUUGUGGACUGGGUCUUUAAUAUUCCUCCAAAGAGAGAGAAAGAGAGUCUGUCAAAUUGUUUCCAAUCUAAGAAAUUGGCAACUCGUGUCUGGUAAACAAGUGUUUAAUAUCAGUUAUACGCACCUUGUUAUAACUUCAUCUGCGCUUAACGAGUGUCUUUUGGUCCAUAAAUUUCAAAACAGCUGCUCCACAGAAUGUUGCUGAUAACACGUGACGCAAAAGAGUAUCGAAGUAUGACUGUACAAUAAGUGUCACAAAAUCUACCUAUUAGUAACGGGUCCCUUCCGGAUUUUCUGUUUUACGUCAACAUCUCUAACUUGCGGGCGCAAACAAAACAAACGUCAUCAUUACCCAACGAUUCCAUGCUGCCCCUGUUCAAGCAAAUCGAGAUUUUUUUCUGGUAUACUGACUGUAUAUUUCAACCGUGUAAGUACUUUUCUUAAUAUACGAGCGAGCUACUAAAGUGCCUUCUUGGGAUUUCCCAUUCUGGGCGAAAUGCGGGGGCAACAAUAAAACAGCCGCAAAACAAGUUCGGUUGAACUUUAUUCGCAGAACUACGCGGCCGAGAUACGCGGGCACUACCACGACUCUUCACAUUGUUUUGAGUACCUCCAAAAAAAUACUUGCCAAAUUUUCCUACCCCAAAAAAUGCCGGAAUGGAAAAUCUCAAACCCAUAAAAAUCCUUCGAUCAUCUCCCUCACUUGAAAUCCGUAGUACCCCCAGGGGAAGUCAACUCAUUGCGAUGGGCUUUUCUUUUCAUAACACGAUGUUAUUUCCCCUAAUUUCGAAGAGGUUAUUUCUUUCCUCUUCACUUUUGUAGGACAUAUUCCAAGAGCUUCGGCUGCCUGUGACAAUCACCGCUACUUUCGGACAUUAGGAAGCUUAAGCAAAGAACUUUUUUAUUAACGAAGAAACUUUUUGUAUGCCUAGAUACUUCUAAACGUGUAUUGCAAAGUGUUUUACUCUUAUUCAGACUUAUAACCCAAGGAAAACCACUCUCCAAGAAUGCAAAACGUCCACUUCCGAUUGACGUGCGACUUUGCUCAAAAACGCCGUUGCUUAAGCUCCCUAUUGUAUUGUAUUUUGUUUCAAGAGCAUGGGCCAGAAAUGAGAUGCUAGAUAGCCAACUACGGCUAAAAGAAAGUUUAAUCAGGGUUCCUAUCACAAGCGCGAGUGCAAAUUACUUUUCUAAAAAUAAUAACAGGCUGCACUGUUUCACAGCACACAUAUCGCACGCUUAUCAAAUUUAUAAGAAAAGAAACGUUGACUCGGCUAGAAAGGUGACCGCUGGGUCACCCUUUUUCGAUGUCAAGGUCACCCUCCUAGUCAGUAUAACUUCUCUCCAUAUAAACACUUUGGCUCCCCCAGCGAGGUCAACUAGGCCAAUAUGAUGCGCAGGCGCUGUUUUCAGUUCGAGGCUCAAGUAAAGAGGUGAACUUUAAACGCUUUUUAAAGUUGAUUCAGUCGGGAGGGUGGCUCCCUUUCCGUUAACCGAGGCAUUACAGUACUGCUAAGGAGUGCACACACGUCGAAGCGCACCAAGAUUCCCAUCGCUGUUGGAUAACUAAUUUCUAGUUUUAUAAAAUUAAAACAGAUUAAGACCAGCGUCAAACAGGUCUCUUUCUACAACUUCCUAAUAUUAUUAUCUUCUAACAGGAGAGAACAAGUUAGAAGGUGCAAAAAAAUCAUCCUCCGGCGAGCAAUGAGAAUUAUGCCUAAAGAAGAAGAAUCCAUAGACUGUGAUGAGGACGCCAAAUAUCGCACAAUCAAUGGAACCUGCAACAACCUAAAAAACCCAGAAUUUGGAUCAAUCAACACAAAAUUCGAACGACUUAUACCAGCCGAUUAUGGCGAUUGCAUCUCAACCCUUCGAGAAUCAGUGACUGGCCACCCACUUCCAAACACCCGAGAAGUAAGUUUCAAAGUUCACGGCAGCAACGCAGAUGGCUUAAAUCCUAAUUCUACAGUACUGUCCCAUCUGGCCAUGAACUUUGGACAGUUCAUGGACCACGACCUGUCGCUAGCGGAGGCACAGGGAGUUAACUGUGAGCCACCCGAGGACAAGGAAGAACCUGAAUGUAUCAACAUUCAUAUUCCCAAAAGCGAUAGGAUUUUCCGUGACAGAUAUAUUAAAUUUAUUGAAAUGGAGAGAGAGGCUUUCAUCAAACCAGAUUCUUUUUGCAAACUAGAAGUUCGAGAACAUCCGAACACAAUAACCGCCUAUAUUGACGCAUCUAACGUGUAUGGAUCAACUGACGAGAUAGCUGAAUCACUUCGAGCUGCAGACGGCCUCCUAUUGGUCAUGAAGCAUCCACAUGGCUGCCAAUUCAAAAACUUACUGCCUGCUCAAGUCGACGGUUUCUGCCCAACAAGAAAUUUUUUUGAACCAUGUUUUUUCAGCGGAGACAUACGAAACAAUGAGAACCCUGGUAAGAUAGGCUGGGCCAUCCACAUAAAUUCAUCUCUCUGAGGUCCCUUGGUGUCAGAGACUUUUCUUGCGCGGAUUCUGCUUUCGGGCUUCGCCGCUCGUGGCUUCGGCUUUCGACCGAAGACGUGUCGGCCUGCCGCCGACCCCGAGACUUCUCCGCUGCUCUUGAUCAUCGUGCGCAAGAAAAAACCUCUGAUACCCAGGGUAUCCUCAUGUCAUGAAACACUUUUCCUUUAAUUCCUUUCCCGAAAAAAAAAAGAAAAAGAAAAAAAGAAAGAAAGAAAGACAAAAACUCGUGAGAUGAGUAAUUUUCUCGUGCAAUAUUUCAUACCUCCAGUGACGCAACGUUACACUAUUAAAACAGGACGAAGAACCCUACUUUGGUUAUCACCCAUUUCGCGCAAACCUCCUUUGGGGAAAACAACAGAGAAAUCAGGGAUUAAUUCAUCUCUCUCGAUGAAACUUUUGAGAAAUAUAACACUAAUUUUAGGCUGAUUCUUUAGGUCCUUUGCAUGCGUACGUACAUUUCCAAUAUACACAUCAUUUUUGCUCCAAUCCAGUAAGUUGUUUUUUGUAGGGUAAUGAUUAAAAGCUCUUGCAACCUUAAAUGCUGCUGCAUGAAAAAAUAAUUGAUCUUUCCCAUAUAAAAUACUAUUACUAAUUAUACAAGUCGUUCUCAGUACAGUUCAGCAAACAUGUGCAGAAAUUAAGACCAAGUCCUCGGGUACUUUACUCAGUACACAAAGAAAAACUAAUUAUCAUAAUGAUAUUUCUAAACCUACAGGUCUAAAUUCGGUCCAUACUAUCUUCGUGCGUGAACACAACCGAAUCGCAACAUUUUUCAUAAAGAAUACAGACUGGGACCCCGAAAAGAUUUAUCAAGAAACCAGAAGAAUCGUCGGAGCAGAGCUACAAAUCAUAACAUACGGCGAGUUCCUGCCAUUACUUUUGAGUGUGCACACGGUAGGUCCCUGCAAAGCUACACCCUACCUUUUUAGCAUGUCUCCAGAUUUCAAGUGACGGGGAUAUCGUUUGGGGGCAACAAUCAAAACCCAAAAAAUCCCUGGACCACAAGUUAACCCCCCCAAAAACCCCAUGCCUAAUUUCCGAGCCUUAAAAAUUUCCAGAAAGAAUAACAUGUUAGUUGCACUUUAUUAGCAGGACUACUCGUCCUUCAGAUUGUUUUGAACACCCAAAACAGUACUGCAAUCUGUAACAGAAAUUGAAACGUUCCGUGUAACACUGGUUGCACAGGUAAAAAUUCGUCCCCAGUUCAAAGCGUUUUGUCCGGACCCGUGUUAACGAGGUCGAACCUACAUGAGUAGGUUUCUGUUUUAAAUGUCAAUUACUUUGAAUUAAAGGAAGGUUAGAGCGGCGCUUCUCAUUCCAGGGGCGGCCAACCACGGUUUCCUCAUAAAUACAUUGAAAACACUUUUUAGGCUAUCCAAAGUACUGUUCGGUCAUCCUAGGGGAACUUGAGUCUCUUCAAAAUUACAAGGGCUUGGGUAUCAUUUUCCCAAAAAUUUUAGAUGACAUUUGACUUAUUACGAAAGUGAGACAUUUUUUAAUUCCUCUCUCCAUCACAAUUUUUGAAUCCGACAAUUUUAGGUUUCCUUUCUUCAACAAAAAAUAGCCUAACUUGGGACGUAAAAUUGAAAAAUUAAACUUCAGAAAAUCGCAAGGAAUUUAUUAGAUAAGCUUCGAAAAUUGUACAUGAAUAGAAAGGUCAUUCUAGGCAAAUAUUUGCUUUUCCAAACAGAUAUUUACAGAAAACAGUCGUUGGGUGCCUCAGUCUGUUCUUCUUCCAGUCUGCAAAGAACUUGUUUUUCUGACGGCACUUAUUAUACAGUCAUUUGGCUCCCGUAAGCGACCACCUCGGAUAAAAGUCGUUUUCUGGUUCAGCGAACGAGAAUGAACUCCUCCAAGUGACCAUGUGGCAAAUGAAUGCGCUCGCUUAGAACGCUUUUAUAUUGGCACAUUGUUGUUUAUGACUAAAAUACAUGUCUGAUGAAAUAAUAAAACAGCUUUAUUUUUAUUCGAAGCUUUAUUACAUUCGAAGUUUUCGAAGAUAAUACAGUAUUAAUUAAGCCGUUGGCGUUUCUGUUACGUAUAACCCUGAAUUUGAGCAAGACGUUAAUUGGUUCAGUUCGGGUGUUGUCUGAGUGGUCGAAUAUGAAACUGAAGAAAGAGAGAAGAAACUGAUAUCUAGUCGGUGAUUAACAAAAGUGGUCAGCGGAGCGGUCGCUUACGAGAGUGGCCUUAAGUAGAAAAUUGUCAUGUGGGAAGAAACGGAAAUUUUUCGUUGAGGAGAGGAAAUAAACGGAGACAAGCAAACUGCAAUCAAGCCCAGUGCUCGUGAACUUUCUCUAGUAAACAAGAGAUCCGAACUCGUUACUCUAAAAAGCAGCUAUAAAAACACUGAAUUCGCCACGUAACCACUCAAAAGAAGGGGAGCUCUAACCAUACUGUACUCGAUUAGAAAUUUGGUAUUUAAAACUUAAAAAAUUUACCCACAGCUCUUUAAGAGGCUCCUUGCCGGGUUUGGGGCGUGGUCUUCUGUGCCAGAGGUCCCGAGUUAAAUUCCCAGGGCUGAGCUCAAUUCUUCGUUUGGACCUCUUUCUCUUUCCGCGUAGCUUUGUGAGAGCUUUGCCACGAAAUUUAUUACAACUAAAACGGUGGAAACUGCCACCAAAUUGAGUUAAAAAUCAAAAUAACCAAUCAAAAUAUUAAAAAAGAUCAUAAACAUAGUCACUACAUUUGAAGAAGAUUGAAACGGAUGACAACUGCGGUUUUUAAAACUUGUUAGCUGAACAGUUUUUCAUGUUAUUCAAUACAUCCAAGUUCACUUUUAGUUGUUUAUUAUAACGUUUGGUAUAGUUUGAUUUAAUGCUUAAAAGACGUAUUUAAUUGUUUGACUCGAAGCCCUGAUUUUGUCAUUCACAAGUAAUUUCUUAAGUUCGAAUAGCAGACAAAGACGUGUAAUUGGCAUUAUCAGAGAAAAUGAACUAGACACAGCCCCUUUAAUUACCCGUAAAAUGAAGCAAUAACGGAGAGAGAAAGGUAAAUAAGUGCACCACAGGACUCAGGAUUGCAAGCCAGAUGAUGAUUAUUUCAAGCUACUAAACCUAAAAUAAAGACGAAUUUUUCGACCAUUUACCUUUAACUUCUUACAGAAUACUCUCCUUCUUUACAUUUGUAUUUAGCUCUACGCGUGAUUAUGCAAAUAAUGUAUAUAUUGCACCCGUUUACAUAACAAAAAAGGUUUAUUUUGUGUUUGUUUACUUUCACCACUAUUUAGAGAAAAGAAUUUGGUCUUGUACUUCUUGAGGGAGAGGAGUUUUUCACUGGCUAUGACAAAGAGGAAAAUGCUCAAACAUUAACAGCCUUUGCCGUAGCUGCAUAUCGAUUUGGCCACAGUUUGGUUCAAGAGCUUUUCAAUCGAUUCUCUCAAGAUGGCUUUGAACACAAAUGCAGCAAAUGUAGCAAAGACAAAUUACAAUUCCAGCCAAUCCCAGUACUGGACUUCAAUAACCCAGCACCGUUGUACGCUGUAUGUAAAGGAGGUGUCGACGCCAUUUUGAGGGGCUUACUUAAAGAUCCUGCAGCGAAAGCUGACGGGUGAGUGAAGUUAUCGCAUGCACGUACACACAGUCCUUUUGAUUUGCUUAAUGUGCUUGUUUAGGAGAAAAGUUCAGUGUUGCUUUUAGGGUAUGCAUAGUUGUGAGCCUGAUAGGUUUAAGACCGAUUCGCGCGGAUUCAAGAAACUUUGCAAGAGAUAAUUUAGAGUUAGUUUGAAGGAUCCGAGCUCACGCUCGGCGGGCUAGAGGAGGUUUUAUUAUAGCCAAAUUCAAGGAAUUAUACUGCGUUCUUUCUGUACCUUGAAGACCCUUGAAAUGCUUUCGCUUUGGUCAUGGUAAUCAAGUGGUUACAACAUACUCUGCAUAGGCGAUGAAUAGAUCCAAUCGGCGCCAUUAUUAUACACUCUACUCACUAUCUGUCUUCUCUUUGGGUAAGAGCCUAUAGUUAGGAAAUCACCGAAUUCACUGCAACCAACAGAUAGGUUACUCCUGUGGACGAGGUUGGCUGAUCUUUAGGUUGCCACGCAAUGCACUACUUUUAUACGCCUUUCUUCUAUUUUACUUACUGAUCUUUUUUGUUUGUUUGCUUUGUCGUACAGGCGUUUUUCAACUUCAGUCCAAGAAAACCUAAGUCGCGGUGAAGGUGAUACGUCUGACUUAAUCGCUAUUAACAUUAGAAGAGGGCAUGAUCGGGGACUGCCUAGCUACACCAGGUUUCGCCGCUUUUGUGGCCUUCCACUCGUUAGAAAUUUCUCUGACUUGGUAACGGUUGCCAAUUUUGACAAAAAGGUCGUUGCCGCAUUGGAAAAAGUUUACAAGACAGUUGAGGAUGUAGACAUGUUCACCGGAGGUAAGUCUGGGGUAACGAUCACAUUCUUCCCAUAAUCAUAACUAUAACAAAAUUCUCAAUUCUGCUUGGCUAUUAGCCUGCACCACAGACGAAACUAAACUCUGGUUAAAUUUCAUUUGCGAAGAAAGCUAAUUGGCUAACAACCGUUCUGAUUUCAGCACUAAUAGGACAGUGUAAUUGGACAGUACGCGUAAUCGUGGGCGCAUUUGAAUGUUUUGUUGUUUUUAGACUGCUUGCAGUCCGAAUUUCUCUAAAAUCCGUCUAGUUCUUAUCUCAGCAAGCGCGAUUGCAAACCACGAUGUUAUGUUACAAUAAGGGAUUGGGACCAGACGACAAAAGAUGGACUGCGGACCUCUUUUGUAGUAAACAAACCCUCCGUUAGCCCAGAAACGGAGUAACCGAUUUGUCAAUUUUACAGCUUUUGGCAGAUCAUUGACUGGUCUGUGGUGGAGAGCAAGCGAUAAAAAUAGUCACGCGUCACAACUAACUACUAACAAUUACGAAGCUGUCGGUAAUCGCUUGUAAACUUAAACGUUUAACGAUAUCUUACGGAAGGAAACUGCUGUACAUUUCCUCAAGGGAAAGGAAUUCAAGGUAAUCUUACCGGAUUUUAAAAACAGUAAAAUUUUUCCGUUGUUUAUGUUCUUUUUAUAAAUCGUUUUAAGUCACUCGGGUUUAAUUGGUUAAUUAAAUUACCUUGACAUCCUCGUUGUACCCAGACAGAAUAAAAGGAGUCAGCAGUCUCUUAUUUUUUUCUCCUCGGGCUUACGCCCUGGUUUAUCGCGGCUCACGGCUUCGCCGCUCGCGUGCUUGGGUUUCACGUGCAGUAACUUUGCAAAGAAAAAUAAGAGACUGUUCGCAGUCUAGUUUUUUUUUCACUGGUAGCAAAAACUCUCACAUUUCUUGUAUUUUAAUUAAAAAAGACUUAAAACAUCACAAAUUUCUAUAGCUAUGAUUAAUUGGUAACAGACCUUCGUGUUGUCCUACUCGGUUUGUAAUCAUAUAUACUCGUGAUUAAACUAACUCCACUCAGUCCAAAGUAUAACAAAAAUCUUCGCGAAUCUGACUAGCCGUUAGGCAUCCACGAUUGCAACAUUUUUUCCACAUUUUGAUGGGAAAGUGCAUGCAUUAUGCUUGAGUGUGAACAGGCAUGCAGUUUACAGUUGUUGCUGUUUUUGUUUUUGGCUUUUUGGCCUUUUUUUUCUGGUCAGUUUUGGGGCUGGAAUGCAGCACAAACAAAGAAAAACUUACAACAAUUGAAUUGGACUCACCUAAUUUGUUAUUACCACUUUUGUGGUUGAAAAGUAAACUUCAUUUGCUACUUCGAUCUCUUCUCAGGAAUGCUUGAACCAAGUGAUCCUAAAGGAGGAGAACUCAGUGCAACAUUUCAGUGCAUUUUAGCAAAUCAGUUCAAACGCACCAAAUUCGGAGAUCGCUUUUGGCAUGAAAACGCACCUAACGUAACCUUAAACACCGACAAGACAGCAUUCAACAGUUGUCAGCUAAAAGAAAUCAGGAAAACACGCUUUUCCAGGAUAAUAUGCGAUAACAGUGAUGACAUUACCUCAAUUCAAAAAGACGCUUUGAUGCAGUCUUCGGUAAGGGUCAGUUGCGACGAAUUGCCAAAGAUAAACCUUAAGGCAUGGAUUACAGAUUGUCCAUCGAGGUAAGUGAGAGGACAGCUGUUCAUUUCUCUUAAUCAAAAUUUUCCUGUUUCUUUCUGGUUGCGUUUGUUACAGAAUAAAUAGUGAUUAGUGGGAAGAAGGUGUUUAAAAAUUUGAAAGAAAAUUCGUCUUGGGUGUAUGAUUAUAUCACUUCGUGGGAAUAAAAGUUUCAAUUUCUAGUUUCAUAUUAAACAAAUGUAUCACGGCAAUGUUAAACACACCGCCCCCUAUGAUUUAUUCAUUUACUCAUUUCGGUUUUCCUAAAGUCGGUAGCCCACUAUCUUGACUUCUUAUGGUAAACAAAAACUGAGAAUAGCAAAAAUUGCCCAUGGGAAUACCGAGAUGCGAUGUUUUUUGGGGGGGUGGCGGGGCGAGGGGCGAAGGGGGGACAGGGCAGCGGGCUCUCAAAGUAGGCGAUCCUUCUUAAUCAUAUUUCACUACUGUACAGGACUCCUACUGACGCCGUCGAUAGGCAAAAGCUCGAAUUUUUUUUUCAAUAUCCUUAUGUUUAAACAAAAUGCAAAUUCUCUGGACUGUCUAAAUCACUAAAGCAUGAAUCUGAUCACAGCAAAAAAAGUUUGAUAUCACGUGCCGAUCGCCUCCCGUGGUGCUAGCCAUUACAUCAAUCUCGAACAAAACGCCUUUACGUUUAGCGAAGAUGGGAAGGAGACGCUUUGAAAUUUCACGCGUCUUCGACGCAUGCCGCGAGAAUGUACGCGCAAAAACAAUUCCGCCAGGUAGACAAGCUAAGACAACUAAGUCCACUAAAGAAGUCGUGACCUUCACCACUUCCAUAUACCGUAUUAACUCGAUUAAACGCCGCGGUGUUUAUUACUUUAUAAUUUCAAAAUCUCAGUUCUUAUAUCACUGAUCGAGCAGUUAAGAUGUAUCAUUCAUAAAUAUUACGUAAAACAGAAAGGUGUUCUAAGUCUCCCUUGCCUUGUUUCAUUUUUUUCACGGGUUAAGUUAAACUCAACAAAUUGGCCCUCUCCCAAUGCAUGGGUCUUCAUAGCUCAGUUGGUAAAGCACUGCAGAGCUAAGACAGAGGUCAUGGGUUCGAAUCCCGUUGAAGUUCCGAAUUUUUGGGGGGGGGUUAAUUUCCAACUGGUUGAUUACAAUUACCACUGCGACGAUCAUAUCUUUAUUAAAAUGAGUUUCUCUUCGAAUAAACGCCCCAUUCUUCUGAUUGGGCGCGACAUUUAAUCGAGUAAAUACGGUAAUCAAUGUUUAUUUGCAUCUGUUCAAGGAUACUCAAGCAACGGACCUCACGCGAUCCAACGCUGAAGUAAGGAGAGAGGGAGGUGGGAGGGAGGAGUCAUUUUCCUAAUAUUUAAGUUAUAAUUUCACAAGAGCAGGAAAUGUAAAUUUUAAAAUAGGAUACUCUCUCAAAACCGUUGAUGUAUCUGUGUUCUUUUUUUUCUUCUGCACAGUGACGCUGUAUACAGCGACGAGCCUGAGGACACGCAUGAUGAGUUUUAAAUGAAGAAAGCAGAAUCACUCGCUCAUCAUAUGGCUUUCAAUUAGACUGCAAUUAGGUUAGAAGAAACAUAUAUGUAUACCAUUAUUUUGCACAAAGUCAUGACACCCUUCUUGGGCGAAUUGUAAUUAUAUUUUCGAGUUUUUCUUUUCUUUCGAUCGGUGAGAUGUGACGUUUGAUUUUUACAGUGAAAGGGGCUGUGACGUCACGGUUGUCUGGUUCAUAUUGUUUCGCUAUAGAACUUGGAAAUUUUACUUGUAAAUUACACAAACACCGAAAGCUUCGUCUCAAACGAAUGUGUCUCCUAAGCCGAAACGUAACAAACAAACAAAAUGAACUUUGAAAAACUAUUGGGAAACAAGUUUUCAAAACCUAUAAUUGCAAUCCUCCCUCAAAUUUGAACAUCCGUGGUCCCAUUUGUGAUUGCUUUGUUAUUUGUACCUUCUUUAACGUUUUGGGUGGUAAUUUGAAGGUUUCUCCCGUAGAGUACUAAAGUGUGACGUCAUAAAAAUGA